AUGAGUGAACACGGUGGCGCUGCAAACUAUCGCGACGACCGCCGCCGCUCAGCCUCUCCGCCCUCCCACCCAUCCGCCCUCCCCACCCGUCCUCAUCCCGAAACCAUCUCUCGAAAGCCCCAAUCCGACGCCACAAGAAGCCCUUCACCUCGCCGCGACCGCGAUCGCGACUCAAACCGGAAAAACGCACCUCCUUCGCCUAGCAAGAUGGACCAGGACGAAUACGACGAAGACAUUGAGGUCGAGGGCCAAGGCGAUGACGACGACGGCCUCGCCUCCAUGCAGGCCCUGAUGGGCUUCGGCGGCUUCGGCACGACAAAGGGGAAAAAAGUGGCGGGCAAUAAUGCCGGCGGCGUGCGAAAGGAGAAGAAGUCCGAAUAUCGGCAGUAUAUGAACAGACAGGGAGGUUUUAACAGACCACUGAGUCCAUCGCGGUGA